CCAUGGUGAUGAGUUUGGGGGGCAGUUGGUGGAUCUAGGCCACGAACCCAGGGUGACGGAUUAUCAGCUGACAGCCAGCCAGAGGACCUGUAUCUCCAUGGCUAAAGUAGUGCCAUUAGUCCCGCCCAACGCCGCAGGGUUAACGAUGCCCACCAUCCUUCUCAAAGAUAUGGAUGAGGAGCCAGGUGACAUCAGAGGAGGGGGAAGAGUUACUCAAAGAGCAGGACCAGGGAUUCUGUUCAACGUCAAUAACUGCAACAACAAUGAGGAGGAGGAGGAGGACGAGAAGAGAAAAAAGAAAGAGAAGAAGGAGAAGAAGGAGAAGAAAGAGAAGAAAGAGAAGGAAAAACAGGAGAAAAAGGAGAGGAAGGAGCAAAAACAGAAGGAGAAAGAGGAGAAAAAACGGCUGAAAGAGGAGAAAGAGAAGGAAAAACAGAAAGAGAAGGAAAAACUGGAGAAAGAGAAGAAGGCCAAAGAGGAGGCAGCUAAAGAGAUCACAGUGAUUGAUCCGGCAGGGAACACGUACUACUACUGGCUCUUCGUCAUCACCAUCCCCGUCAUGUACAACUGGACCCUGAUAAUAGCCAGGGCGUGUUUCGAGGAGCUGCAGAGUGACUACUUGAUCUUUUGGUUCAUCGUUGACUUGAUCUGCGACAUCACCUAUCUUUUGGACAUGGUCUUCAGAACCAGGACCGGUUACCUGGAGCAGGGUUUGCUGGUGAAGGAUGAGCAGAAGCUACGUGAGCGGUACAUGAAAAGUUUCCAGUUCAAACUGGACCUGGUCUCCAUGAUUCCCACUGACGUGGGGUACUUAAUCCUUGGUACCAAGUAUCCCGAGAUCCGCCUCAACAAGCUCUUCAGGUUCAACAGGAUGAUGGAGUUCUUCCAGAGGACGGAGACCAGGACGAAUUACCCCAACGCUCUUCGUAUCUCCAACCUCGUCAUGUACAUCCUCAUCAUCAUCCACUGGAAUGCCUGCCUCUACUACUCUUUCUCCAAGGCCAUCGGGUUUGGAGCUGACAGGUUUGUGUAUCCCGACCCGUCGGACCCGGAGUUUGGCCGUCUGGUGAGGAAGUAUGCCUACAGCAUGUACUGGUCCACUCUGACGCUCACCACUAUCGGAGAAACACCGCCCCCUGUGGAGAACUCGGAGUACUUCUUCGUCGUCACUGACUUCCUGGUCGGGGUGCUGAUUUUUGCCACCAUCGUCGGUAACGUGGGUUCGAUGAUCACCAACAUGAACGCAGCCAGAGCCGACUUCCAGGCCCGCAUCGACGCCAUCAAGCAGUACAUGAGCUUCCGGAAGGUCACUAAGGACUUGGAGAAGCGAGUGAUCAAGUGGUUUGAUUUCCUGUGGACCAAUAAGAAAGCGGUGGACGAGAGGGAGGUGCUGAAGUACCUGCCUGACAAGCUGAGAGCUGAGAUCGCCAUCAACGUUCACCUGGACACCCUGAAGAAGGUUCGGAUCUUUGCGGACUGUGAAGCCGGUCUGCUGGUGGAGCUGGUGCUGAAGCUGCAGCCGCAGGUCUACAGUCCUGGAGACUACAUCUGCAAGAAGGGAGACAUUGGCAGGGAGAUGUACAUCAUCAAGGAGGGAAAGCUGGCUGUCGUCGCCGACGACGGCAUCACGCAGUUUGUGGUCCUCAGUGAUGGAAGCUACUUUGGCGAGAUCAGCAUCCUGGCGAUCAAAGGCAGUAAGGCGGGAAACAGGAGGACCGCUAACAUCAGGAGCAUCGGAUACUCCGACCUCUUCUGUCUUUCCAAAGACGACCUGAUGGAAGCGCUGACAGAGUAUCCUGAUGCCAAAGCCAUGCUGGAGGAGAAGGGAAGGCAGAUCCUGAUGAAGGAUGGACUGCUGGACCUGGAGUUGGCAGCGCAGGGCCCGGACCCCAAGGAGAUAGAGGAGAAAGUGGACCGGAUGACGAGCACGCUGGAUGCCCUGCAGACCCGAUACGCCCGGCUGCUGGCCGAGCACGAAGCCACUCAAAGCAAGCUGAAGCACAGAGUCAACCGGCUGGAGAAAAAGCUGGUGCCCCCACCGCGAGCCGACCAGCCCGGCGACGCUCCGCCCCCUCCGACACCUGACACAUAAACCACCACAGAAGAAGAAAAAAAGAAAGAAGAUUGUUGGAUUUUAGAGCUUCAGACGUGGACAAAACUAAACCCACAAAACUUUUUCAAAUUUCCAAAACUUAAAAAUAAA